GACGAAAAACCCGCUAGACGAAAGGGUUUUCCGUUUUUCGAUGCGCUUCGCAAGACGAAUUUCCCUAUGGGCUUGCUUUGCAAGAUGAAAACGUCUUGCGAGUCUUGCGAUUUUUUUCGCUCCCCCCCCCUUUUUCUAAGCCGCUAAGCCUUUAAUAGCCGCUAAACCGCUAAUAGCGCUAAGCUGCUAAGCCGCUAAUAGGGUUGCUUCACAAGACGAAAAAACCGCUAGACGAAGAGACUCGCGGAACGGAUUAUUUUCAUCUUGCGAGGCACCACUGUAUAUAAGUGUUAAUUCCAUUAAUGUUUCAUUGUUUUUUAAAAAUGUUUUUAGCUGUUCUUAUUUUAUCUGUAAGCCGUCUUAAGUCCCUGUCUGGGAAAAAGGCAGUGGAACAGAAAAACACCAGACAGUUCUAGGUAGGAUCAGUCCCUUUGCUGGCCAUGUUCAGGUCUAUAGCUUAUAGAAUACCUACAGUUGUAAUAUUCUGACCUUCCGGCAGCAAACGGUCUCCUUGCAGCAUCCCAACGCAGGCUAGGCUUUGGCCAAGAGCAAAUUUGCCUCAAACACAGGUGUCUAUAGUUUCGAUUGUGCCAAGUUGCUCUCAUAUGCUUAACCAGGUGCAGGACGAAAACACCCAAAAUUAAGCACACCUAACUUAAACCCUUUUUUGCCCUUUUCCUUCUGCAGGCACAAACCCCCUUAUAUAUUAACGCAACAAGAGAGGUAAGAUGACUCUCUAGGGGGAGAGCCCUCAAAGUAUUUGGGGCUGAAUCCACACUGACCUUUUUAAUGCCAUUAGAACAAUAUUGGAUACAUCGUUCUAAAACGUUACAGGGCAUACCUGAAAAUUAAAAGCAUUUUUGUUUCCCCCAUCAAAACACUUAUUUCCCCUACUGCUGGUUGCUCUGCUCUGGUGUCACAUUUUAAUAGCACAUUAUGAACGUUAAAACCAGGGUGUUCUGUCUCCCAUCUGUGUUACGAAAACCAUUCCUUGACCCUUAACGUUACAAACCAUGAGUGUCCAUCCGCCCUGGGUGCGGCUGCCAAAAGUCCUUUCCCCAUGUCUCAAGUGUAACUUUACAGUAUGCAGGUCUUCUCCAGAAGAUGUUGAGCCCCUUUCCUGAGCUGCAAAGCAGCAGUGGAUAACUGCAGGCCUAGGACCCAAACGCUGCUUCCCGUGCCUUUGGGACUCCACCCAAGCAACACUUCAUAGGCCACGGCCUCGCCAACCCUGCUCUGCUCUCUUCCUGAGAGCUUUUGCCUGGCCGACACAUAUCCUUAAACUAUGAUGAUGCCUUUCGCUUGCACAGAUGAGGAUGGGUUGGGUAGGGCAUGCAAAAACUUCAGAUUGUGUAGCCAGAAUAUCUCUGCAAAGGUAAGAAACCGCCUGGUUGCCCUGCCCACUUCUGUCUCUAUCCCUGCCUACUUCUGUGCAUGCCCGCUGGAUGAAAAGGUGGGAAAUAAAUGCAAAAUAAUAAUGCUGCCAUAGGUUCUCCAUUGCUGCUGCCAAGGUUUAUAAAGGAAGGAAGAGUUUUAUCUGGGCUUGUCUCUGUGCGUCUUACCGAGGCCACGUGUUUUGAACUUGAAAGGCGAAAGGGUCCACUCUCAAUGUGGCCCCCACUUGCUUCCUGCGCACUCCAGUGUGGUGUAGCCAGUGUGGUGUAGUGGUUAAGAGCGGUGGACUCAUAAUCUGGUGAACCGGGUUCGCUUCCCUGCUCCUCCACACGCAGCUGCUGAGUGACCUUGGGCUAGUCACACUUCUCUGAAGUCUCUCAGCCCCAUUUACCUCACAGAGCGUUUGUUGUGGAGGAGGAAGGGAAAGGAGAAUGUUGGCUGCUUUGAGACUCCUUCGGGUAGUGAUAAAGCGGGAUAUCAAAUCCAAACUCUUCUUCUCCUCCUGUUGGUGCUCGAGUCCUGUGAUGAUUGGCCAUUUACAAGGUCAGCUCCACAUUUGAAAAAUCACGGGCUUUCAUAACCUAAUGUCUCUCCCUGGGUGCGGUAUGGAAACCACAUCAGAAGUGUGAACCAGUUUCCCCUUUAAAACUAUUAAAAGAGCUUGGAGGCGUCACAUGACCAGCACAACACUAAAAUUCUAAACUGCCCAAUGGGGUGUUUCUCUUUUAAAGGCUGGAAGGUUUCAAGCACGAUAGUGGGUACAUUUAAAAGGUUGCAGCCAUGUAUGUACAAUUCAAACUGACAAGGUCAAAACAGCUGCCCAAGAUGAUAGAGUGACAUAUCAGAAGUGCUGGGAUCAGAUAAUCAACAGGAUAUGGGGUGCCUUGAAUAAGCAUCAGGUAUGUUUUUGUGGGGGACGCAGGUGGCGCUGUGGUCUAAACCACAGAGCCUAGGGCUUGCCGAUCAGAAGGUUGGUGGUUCGAAUCCCCGCGACAGAGUGAGCUCCCGUUGCUCAGUCCCAGCUCCUGCUAACCUAGCAGUUCAAAAGGACGUCAAGUGCAAGUAGAUAAAUAGGUACCGCUCUGGCGGGAAGGUAAACGGCAUUUCCGUGUGCUGCUCUGGUUCGCCAGAAGCUGCUUAGUCAUGCUGGCCGCAUGACCAGGAAGCUGUCUUUGGACAAAUGCUGGCUCCCUCGGCCAGUAAAGCGAGAUGAGCGCUGCAACGCAGAGUCUUCUGCAACUGGGCUUAACGGUCAGGGGUCCCUUUACCCUUUACCUUUAUGUUGUUGUGGAGCUCAGUGAAUCACUGACAUUUAAAGAAAUGGCAAGAGAGGAAUUGCUUUCAACUUGCCCCCUAAAAGGAGAAUUUCCCUUUGCCCUCCCCUCCCCUGCUUUUGUAUUGGUUCUGGCCUUUGAAAGAAAUCUGGCUCAAAACAAUGAAAAUGGCCAUUAGGAAAAUUAUCAGCCUUUAAGUCACAUUUUCAUUAGAUGCAACUCUUACCUUUCUUCAAUAUUUUGUAAAUAGUAAUUAUAGGAGACCCUGUGCAACAGGGUGAGAAACAUUUUCCUUCUUAUAUGAAUAGGGUAUAGGGUUGCCAUAUUUCAAAAUCUGGACACAAAAAGACCGUUUUGGGGGCGGGAUGAAAGUUGUUGAGAGUGGGAUUUUUUGUGUUUUUGAGAUAUUUUUAAGGAAAUUCGUCAAAAUCUUGACUUCCAACAUGGGUUGCCAUACAUCCAGAUUUCCCUGGACAUUUCAGCGAUUUUCGCCCAGACACCUUAUUUCCAACAGCCAUAUUUCAGCUAUGUCUGGGAAAUUCCAGACUUAUGGCAACCCUAUUACACAACUUGCUACUGUUAUAUUCUGACUCCCCAAAAUAUUACUCAGUGUAGAUUGUGGUACUUAAAUACUAAAUGCAAAAUGCCCUAAAUAAAAAUUUCAACAGUAUGUCAAUUCUUAAGUCAAAAUAGUAAUUGCUAUAUAAAAAAGAUCACAUCAGUUCUAAAAACUCUCAAUAGUUUACAAAAACGAGUUUUGCACUGCUGUACAGUAUGAGUGUUCCUGUUUAAAGCUUAAGUUAUUCUUCAGAGUAAAUUGUGUCUUGAGCUUUUGUUGUCACCACAACAGGAACACUUAAUUUCUUUCUGGCAAUGCUUUCCUAUACAUCCAGCAUUUAUGAAGCUUCCCUUAGUAAAUUGCCCCAAAACAUUUUGUUCCCAUAUAGCAUGUAUAUUAGAUCCAAUUGUACAUUUUUAUUAUUUAGCAUAUCUGAUAGAAGACUUCAUUGAAGUUAAGUUUCUCAAAACAGUUUUGUUUUGUUUUUAUUUAUUAAAUAUCUAUCCCACCCUUCAUCCAGAGAUCACAGGUCAGUUUACAAUUUGGAGUCAGAACUCUGGGUUCUGGGAAGAAUAUCUUCGGGUGUAGUCCUGUAAUACUUACCUGGGAGUAAAUGCUAUUAGAGGACAUGCUAUUAGUUCUACUAACUUACUUUUGAGUAGAAAGGCCUGGGAUUGUGCUGUUGGUCAUUUAAUGGAUUUUGUCAGCCAUUUGAAUCUCUUUGCAAUUUAUUUCCUUUUUUUGUCUAGCUUGGGAUGCUAAAAUGUUUCUGUACCAUGUCGCGGGAGGGAAAUCCCCAUAUGUGGGGAUCAAAGGAUGUUAACAAAAUCAUACUUUACAUAGUGUGAGCCUUUUGAAAAACAAAAAUGUUAUUUUCUUCCAUCAAAGGAAAUAUGUAACUCCCCCCUUUUGAAGAGGCUGAUGAAUUGUGCCUCAUGUUAAUUGCAUGUUCUGAAAUUGCUGCUCUUACCUGGUCAACAAUGGACACUUUUCUUCUAAAGGACUCCCCAAAAGAAAUAUGUGGCCGUUGGCACUGAAUUUACAAUUACUGCCAUUUUCAGCUGCAAUUAAAGCCAUUUUCAAUUUGGAAAGGCCUCAGUGUUGCAUAAUACAAAACGUACAAUGGUUCACAAAAGCAUGAUACUGCAAACGAGCCAUUAAUGCACAACAUAUUCAUACAGAAGGAAUCCAGUUCCUACCAGAGUUGUACAGCAAGACUUGUACAGCUACUUUUCGUAGAGGAUGCUCACUCGGUAGUAGAAAGUACCGUAUUUUUUGUCCUAUAGGGCGCACCGGCCCAUAGGACGCACCUCGUUUUUUUUUGGGGGGGGGGAAAUGAAUAAAAAAAAUUAUCCCCCCCCCGCGCCGCGGCUGCCGCCCCAAGCCUUGCGCACACCUGCCCGAAGCACGGGGCACCCUCUGGAGGGCUCCGCGUGCUUCGGGCAGCAAGGUUCCACCCCAAGCCUUGCUCGCCCGGCGGGACCUCCCACCGGGCGCGUGAGACUUGCAGACACUCGCCCGAAGCACGGGGAGCCCUCCGGAGGGCUCCCCGUGCUUCAGGCGACAGGCUGCCGCCCCAAGCCUCGCGCGCUCGGCGGGACCUCCUGCCGGGCGCGCAAGGCUUGCGGACACUCGCCGGGGCUGCAGGCUGCUGCCCGCAAGCCUUGUGAGCCCGCGGGAACUCCCGCCGGGCUUGCAAGGCUUGCGGAUAGCUUCCUGAAGCCUGGAGAGCGAGAGGGUCGGUGCGCACCGAUGCCUCUCGCUCUCCAGGCUUCAGCGAAGCCUGCAUUCGCCCCAUAGGACGCACACACGUUUCCCCUUCAUUUUUGGAGGGGAAAAAGUGCGUCCUAUGGGGCGAAAAAUACGGUAAACACAGGUUGCAUGUCCUCCGUUGGUAUUCUUACUUUCCCCCCUCAAUAGCAGUGGGGGAAAGCAGGUUUCCAGAAAUGGUGUAUGAAUUCCCUGGCCUGUGAACAUCAAAUGUGCUGCAUUUCAGUGAGUCGCAUAUCAGGGAUGUGGGUGACUCUGUGGUCUCCACCACUGAGCCUCUUGGGCUUGCCGAUCAGAAGGUCGGUGGUUUGAAUUGUGAGCUCCCGUUGCUCUGUCCCAGUUCCAACCUAGAGUCACAUAUCUACAGAAAAGCAGACUUCAGCCUGGAAAUGUCUUGCAUGUGGUGCCCCAUUAAUGAUGCUAGGAAUGUGUGAUUUUGAAAAUGUUGAAGGGGAAGCUGAUUUAAUAAAUAUAAUAAUUCCGUUCCACAGUAACUGGGUUAUUCUAUCGUACCCUAGCUAGUUUUUCUCUUAGUUAAUACGUUGCAGCCCCAACAUUUUGGAUUAUGUCACUGAGAGAAUGGAAAGACAAAACAAGAGUGUAUAUUCCAUAUAUACAAAACAGGCCAUUUCUUGAAUUAUCAGCAGCAGAUGCUAUAACCAGCUAAGGAAAAGAAACGAAAAAGAACUGUGCUAUGAAAAAUGUAUUUUAUUAGUCGUUCAAAGUUAUUCCUAAGAUCAUACAGGGAAGUAAUAAUAAUUUUAUUUAUAUGCCACUCAGCUGACUGGGUUGCAUGAGUCGAACUCUGGGCAGCUUCCAAAAAAGUAUUAAAACAUGAAAAACCUCAAACAUUGAAAACAUCCCUGUUCAUUAGAAGACCUAAUGAAAGAUAAGCAGAUAUACUGAGGUGCAGCCAGGCCACAUUCCAGCUCUUGGAAGGUAUGGUCUGGGUAUUAGGGCUUGUUUGCCAGGAUACCCCGAUGAUGUAAGAGGAGACUGUAUAAAUGGAAUUAAAUGGCAGGAUUUGAACCUGUUAAAUUUACAGCAAAGGCAGAUAUAUGAUACACCCUCCCAACAUCAUGUUCUGGGGUUACACACUUUGAUUACCUGCAGAGACUCGAGAUCAAGGGACCAGUGGGAACAGACGGGGUAGGGAAUCUGGUUUGAGUAGCUGUCUCUCAGGGAUUGGACUCAAGAGGACGAGACGGAGGAGAAGUGGUAGAGAUCACACACCCCCUUCUCCUGAUGUUGCAGGAGAAGAGUAAUGUAGCAUUGAUUUACAGCAGGGAGUUGAGGGGGUGGAGGAAGGUUAUGACUCAAGAGAUAGAUGAACAAAAUAGUUGGGCAGUUUUAGAAGGGGGGUGGGUGGGAUUGUGACAGGGCAGCCAGCUGACAUGUCACUGGAGAGUAUUUCAGACCCCCCCCUUCCCCCAGAACUCGGUGUUCAUUAAGGGUACAAGAAUAACGGGAUCAGCAGACACUUGGGAGAUGUUGCUGUUAGGAAUGUGGGAGGUGGAGCCCAGUUUUGAGCAACGCCAUUGUUGUUCUUUUGUCUCUCGCUAUUAAGAUUGAAUAAAACUUAUUAAAAAGGACUUAACCUUGUUAUCUCUGCUCUUGCUGCAACCGGGAAAGGAACAGCUUUCCAGAAGCCUUGAUACUAUCUUUUGUUAGCUUUUUCCAGCAAACAUAGGGAAGUGGCUGCUUUGCAUAUUAGGUAUGGAAAGGGAAAGGUAAAGGGAUCCCUGACCGUUAGGUCCAGUCGCGGACGACUCUGGGGUUGUGGCGCUCGUCUCGCUUUACUGGAUGAGGGAGCCGGCAUACAGCUUCCAGAUCAUGUGGCCAGCAUGACUAAGCCACUUCUGGUGAACCAGAGCAGCGCACGGAAAGGCCGUUUACCUUCCCACCGGAGUGGUACCUAUUUAUCUACUUGCACUUUGACAUGCUUCAAACUGCUAGGUUGGCAGGAGCUGGGACCGAGCAACGGGAGCUCACCCUGUAGCGGGGAUUUGAACCACCAACCUUCUGAUCGGCAAGCUUUAGGCUCUGUGGUUUAUACCACAGCACCACCAAUAGGUACGGAAAGUUAACUACAAAUAGUUGUGUAGGUAGGGAAUGAACUGCACAGAUUCUGCAGUCCUGGUGCGGACAAUACUGACCUAGGCAGACCAGUGGUUGACUUGGUACAAUAUGCCUAUUGAAAAAUGUGUUCUUCCUUUAUCCUUCGUGGGCAAGUAAAUGUCUUUCUGAGGAUUGCAAAAUAAACACGCAACCACUGUUGAAAAUACAAAGACACACAGGUAUUCUCUAAUCACACUAUAAAUAGAUGGUGUGUGUUUUCAUUGCCUGAAAAGGCUGCUGGUUAGUAGUAGCCAAGACAUGUUGAUCAGUUGUCUAAUACACAGUGCCAUCUUGGUGUCAAGUUAAAGCUAAUUUGCUCCCUUGACGGAAGAUCAGGGACUCUGUAUAAAUAGAGGCAUGGCGACAAACCUCAGAGCACCUUACAGACAAGUAAAUAAAUACAUCUGAAGAAGUAAAUACACAUAGGCUAUGUUGCUGUGACCAAAAGAGAUGUAUCUCCAAAAUGUAGCAACCUCUUUGACAUUUUCUCAAUGAACACUUUAAUAACUGUUUACACAUGCAGUUCUCUAGGAAUUGUGCAUGGUUUCCAGUCGAGUCGCAGAGGCCCAACACUGGCAACAGAAAAAGAGGUUUUCACUGCAGCUAGUGCGCUAUUGGGAAGUUUGCAAAACGCUAACUACAAAUGUACAUUUAUACAACCUUCUCUCUGUUACUGCAAUGCCCAUUUGUGAACUAUAGCUUCCAUCACCCCUGCUCAAAAAUCUGUGCCACUGAAGUUGGUACAGUGGUACCUCAGGUUAUGAACUUAAUUCGUUCUGGAGGUCCGUUCUUAACCUGAGGUACCACUUUAGCUAAUGGGGCCUCCCACUGCCGCCGUGCCGCUGUCACGCGAUUUCUGUUCUCAUCCUGAAGCAAAAUUCUUAACCUGAGGUACUACUUCCGGGUUAGCGGAGUUUGUAACCCGAAGUGUUUGUAACCCAAGGCAUUUGCAACCCAAGGUACCACUGUAUUUGCUUAUAUCACAGUGAACUGCCAUAACAUUUAUCAAGUAUAACUUGGAUGUAGCUGUUACACAUUACCAUGCCAGGAAGUAGACACUGUGGUAAAAUCAUCAAGUGGUAAACCCAUACAGUGGUACCUCAGGUUACAUACACUUCAGGUUACAUACGCUUCAGGUUACAGACUCUGCUAACCCAGAAAUAGUGCUUCAGGUUAAGAACUUUGCUUCAGGAUGAGAACAGAAAUUGUGCUCUGGCAGCAUGGCAGCAGCAGGAGGCCCCAUUAGCUAAAGUGGUGCUUCAGGUUAAGAACAGUUUCAGGUUAAGUACGGACCUACGGAACGAAUUAAAUACUUAACCUGAGGUACCACUGUACUGUGUCCUUAAUGGAAAAGCCUGAACUGGGUUUGAAAAGCCAUAUAAUGAUUUAGAACAAAGAUCUGAAACAAAAAGUUGCAAAGUGGAGUCUUGCUCCUGUUCAGAAGACGCCAUUCCAUUUAGCACUGUUAGCCAUCCAGCAUUCCGUGUCUACUGAGCAUGCUCAGUCCUCACUGAGCUGAGUUCCCAUCCCCAAACAUGCUUCCGUACUUCUGCAAACCUUGGGGUUCCUCUGAGCUUGCUCUGUCUUGCAUUCAGAUGGUUUUGACUACGCAAGUCAUGAGGACUGCUUUUUAGCAUAUAGGAUACUGCUUUGAAAGUUUGACUGCAAAGCUGAUUAAGACCAAAAAGCAUUGUGUGUUGACAGGAAAGAUGGUCAAAGUCUAGAGCUGCCUUGAAGUUGCAGUGCUGCGGUAACAAUGGCUUUAUGUAAAACGUCAUUCAGGUUUACACUCCACCCAGAAGGCUAUGUGAACGCCAAUAUAUGCCCAGAGCUCUUGAGGGGGCAAGCUCUCCUUUCAUUCCAAAGAAUAGCUGCAACUGCACAAAAGGAAUGAGUGGAGAACUGCUUCUCCCAAUCAAUCGAUGGGAGAAGUUCUUGCAGCUUUGAGCUUCACAUUAUCGCUCCACAUCUGAAAUACAUCAGUGCUUCAGGAUGCAAAUUUGCAAGGUUAUUUCCCAAACGAUACCUUCUUUAUCUGUUACUGCACCCAAACAAGUUAUUUUUUAUUAAACAUCUUCAGCAUAUCAGGUAGUCGGUAAUUAAGUAAAGAGAACAUUCUCAGCCUAAUAGGCUCCCAAGGUGGCUUAACAACCAAUUAAAAACCAUAUAAAUACUACCACUAUUAAGAUUAAGUACGGACCCUACAAUCCCCAACAGCUAGGAACUGAAGCUGUAAUUCUAAGCACACUCAGGAAGGAGUAAACCUCAUUGAACACAGUAGAACUUAAUUCUGAGUUAAACAUCUAACACUGUGCAUUUGCUUCUGCAUUAAGCUUCCAGGAUUUGUCACGAGGCCCUAGGGAUUCCCAAGCUCUUCUCUUGAGCUUGGCUUCAAAGAGGUAAAGCAGGCAUAGGCAAACUCUGGCCUUCCAGAUGUUUGGGACUACAAUUUCCAUCAUCCCUGACCAUUGGUCCUGUUAGCUAGGGGUGAUAGGAAUUGUAGUCCCAAACAUCUGGAGGGCUAGAGUUUACUGUCAUUGUUAAUGUUAACCGGGACUCCAUUUUUAUCUGGAUUUGAAACCAGUUUCAAGCGCUGGUUCCAAAAUUUUGUUUGUCUAAAACUGACCGGGCACACUGAAAAAUAUUGAUUUCUAACACAGUGGUGCCUCGCAAGACGGAAUUAAUUCGUUCCGCGAGUCUCUUCGUUUUGCGGUUUUUUCGUCUUGCAAAGCACGGCUAUUAGCGGCUUAGCAGCUAUUAACGGCUUAGCGGCUUAAAGAAAAAGGAAACAAACUCGCAAGACGUUUCGUCUUGCAAAGCAAGCCCAUAGGGAAAUUCGUCUUGCGGAACGACUCAAAAAGCGCAAAACCCUUUCGUCUAGCGAGUUUUUCGUCUUGCGAGGCAUUCGUCUUGUGGGGCACCACUGCAUGUUCAUGUUUCAGUAGCAACCAGUGUGCUGGAGCAGAGUUUUGGAUCCGGUGUUAUUGCCUGAGGCAAAAUGGGAAGGUGCUGUCUCACUUCCUGGGGUCUCAGGAAAGUUGUGUGAGGCCUUCAAGUGGAGGAAACCCUUAGAUUUUGCCGCCUGAGACAGCUGCCUCAGUCUGCCUCAUGAAUGGGACAGCCCUGUGUGUCACUGCAGCUCACCUGGAUGGGGAAAUGACAGGGCAGAACCACAGCCAAUCUGGGAUUCCCACUGGAUGUUACCCGUGGCUUUGAAUAGUGAGGAGAGAAUAGAGAAUAUUGGUUGGAAAUAAAGAAACGGGUUUUUGGAAGUUUCUGAUUUGAGGUAGGUCAUUUGGCUGUCAAUCAUGUAAGUUGCAUUGUGCUAAAGAGAACCAGAAUAAAAGCAUCUGUAAAUAAGUUUCAGUCAUUUGAACUGCUUUUAAAAAUGCAAAUUAAAAUAAUUCUGGGCACUGCAGCUCACCCUCCCAUCAACCCUUCACAAACUACAGUGCCCAGACUUCUUUGAAGAAAAGAAGGCACUUUCAAUGUGCUUUACAGGUAAACACAGCCUUUGGCUUAACGUCUAGCCUGAGGAAGAAUUCUCAUGAACUCGACAACUUGUCCACGACUCUCUGCGUUAUUGCGCAACUGUCGCUUGUCGGUGUAAGCCGCAGAGAAGGAUUUUAUAGCUGCUUCCCCAAAUCCCCUCCUUUUUUCUUUCUUUUUGCAGGACUCUGCGAGCGGUCGUGCCUUUCUCUCGCCUGCCGGCUUGACGCUUCUCCGACCUGCGCGUGGACCAGCUGAGCAGACCUGUUGCUUCGCCUCCUGCGCAAAGAAACCCGCCCCCUUGCGCAAUCGGAUCUCGGGAUGCUCAGAGCAGGAGCUCUCCAACCUCGCCGGGCUCGGGAGGGCUAUUUUUAGCGAGCUCAUUCCAUUUAUAUCCGCGGCAAACAAAGGCAUCGACCUUAAGACGCUCCACGGCUUGGAUAACCCCGACCCCCUGCAGCUCUGCCUCCUCUCACCGGCCGCUGCCUCUCCAAAGCCACGCGCAAAAUCGUUUCUCUCCCGGACAUCUGGGGUCCCGGACGGAUCCAGCACGCGUUGCGCCUUCAUCCCGCUUCCUCCUCCUUAGGAUCUUCGGCUUUCUGGAGGAAAAAAAGCCCAUUCGGGAGCUCAGGAAAGUAGGGUAUAUGCCACCCCCUCUCCAUUUGGUUCCUCGCUGCUGAUUUCCCUCUGAAGCAGAAACAUUCGCUCCAUCCAAACUUUAGAGACGGUGCGCGCGGCGGAUCGUAUUAGAAAUCCAGAUCCCCGCUAGCACGUGGCUUCCCUCCCCCGGGGGGCCCCCUCAAUUUCGGAGAUCGGCAAGCGGGGAAAAAGGAUCCCCAACCAACCACCACUCCCGGAUCCUCGUCGCGCCGGUGAGAAAGAAUGGUGGACAUUUUCACUGGGCAUUUCCUGGUGAACCGGGACGGCCAAGCCGUGGAUCCCGAGCAAGCGCUGCAGAACAAGAUCGUGGGCUUGUACUUCUCGGCCGCCUGGUGCUCCCUGUGCCGGGAUUUCACGCCGAUCCUGUGCGACUUCUACAGCGAGUUGGUGGAGGACGCGCCCUCGCCGGCGCCCUUCGAGAUCGUGUUCGUCUCGUCGGACCGCAGCCGCGAAGAGAUGGUGGAUUACAUGCAGAACAUGCACGGGGAAUGGCUGGCGGUGCCUUUCCAAGACACCUUUAAGCAGUGAGUAGGAGAAGGGAGCGGCUUGCGGGUGGAACACGUGUGUGGGAAUGCAGAAGCCCGCGCAGAGGAGUGGGAGGCAGAGGAAGACCUCCCUCCCUCCCCCGCGUAUGUAGAUCCUCUUCCCCUCCGCCCACUCCGUGGUUAAACCCCGCCUCCUAAUUCCAGGUGUGUGCAGCAAUGGGAGAGGGCAUCCUCCGGUGCUGCCAGGUAGGGGCAAAGCUCUGUUUAGCAUUUAUAGAGGUGCCUAUGGUCCUCUAUAAGUUGGGUGGUGCUGUGGUCUAAAGCACUGAGCCUAGGGCUUGCCAAUCAGAAGGUCAGCGGUUCGAAUCCCCGCAACAGGGUGAGCUCCCGUUGCUCGGUCCCUGCUCCUGCCAACCUAGCAGUUUGAAAGCACGUCAAAGUGCAAGUAGAUAAAUAGGUACCACUCCAGCGGGAGGGUAAACGGCGUUUCUGUGCGCUGCUCUGGUUCGCCAGAAGCGGCUUAGUCAUGCUGGCCACAUGACCCGGAAGCUGUACGCCAGCUCCCUUGGCCAGUAAAGCAAGAUGAGCGCAAACAACCCCAGAGUCGUCUGCAACUGGACCUAAGGGUCAGGGGUCCCUUUACCUUCACCUAUGGUCCUUUACUGGUUUUAUGUCAUGAAACUUGUACACUGCUUUAUUGUAAAACAAAACAAAGCAAAAACUCACAAAGCGGUAUACACACACACAAAAAGCUACAACAAUAAAAUUAACAAGAACAAUAAGACGUUCAAAAAGUUGAAAUAGCAAUAAAUGAAAAACUGAUUGUAUCAACUUUCUAAAUAUCUGGGGAGGCUUGUAGGAACAAAAAUGUUUUUAACAGGUGCAGAAAAGAGUACAGCAAAGGCUUCUUCUUCUUCACUGGCGAUCACUCGUAGCCGAGUAAAAUUGUCUUCCAUGAACACUGUCUUAAAAGUGAGUCCGCAAGUGACUGUGGAGGCCAGUUCUGGAUCCACACGUCCUUCCCCAGUGGGGGCAUAGGUUUCGAGGCAGGAGUUGAUCACGGUGAGGGUUUGCCAAGUGUGCCUUCCUCUUAGCUCGUUUCUCCCUUUUGUCCUGAGUUCGAGCGUCUUCAAAGCCCAUGACACCUUUGGUAAAAGCUGUUCUCCAAUUGGAGCGCUCACAGGCCAGUGUUUCCCAACUGUCGGUGUUUAUACUACUUUUUUUUUAGAUUUGCCUUGAGAGAGUCUUUGAACCUCUUUAGUUGACCACCAGCAUUACUCUUUCCAUUUUUAAGUUCGGAAUACAGUCAUACCUUGGGUUGAAGUUGCUUCAGGUUGAGCGCUUUUGGGUUGCACUCCGCGGUGACCUGGAAGUAAUGGAACACGUUACUUCCAGGUUUUGCAUGCGCAGACGGUCAAAAUGACAUCACAUGCAUGUGCGAAAGCGGUGAAUCGCAACCCGAGCACGCGCAGAUGUGCAAACGCAGGUUGCAUUCGCUUCAGGAUUCGAACGGGGCUCUGGAAUGGAUCCUAUUCAUAUCCAGAGGUACUACUGUAGAGUAGCUGCUUUGGAAGACGAUAAUGAGACAUCCGUACAACAUGACCAGUCCAACAAAGUUGAUGUUGAAGAAUCAUUGCUUCAACACUGGUGAUCUUUGCUUCUACCAGUGCACUGGCAAUAGUUCGCCUAUCUUCCCAAGUGAUGUGUAAAAGUUUUUGCGUCAAUAGGCAGGGAGUUUCAAAGUUUAAGUGCUGCCACAAUGAAAGAUUAAAGUCCGUACAAAUUUGGAAGGGGUGUUCUGUGGCCUUUCUAUCAGUUCUGCCCAUUUGUCAAGGUUUUUAACCUCUUGCACCUGUUGGUUUGAGACAGUCAUGGGGAGGGUACAAGUCUGUGGCCCUCCAGAUGUUGCUGGACUGUGACUCCCAUCAUCCCUGGCCACACUAGCGGGGACUGAGUUGGAAUAGAGGGGAGGGAAGGUGUUCUGGUAAAGAACAAUAUCUGCAAGUAGAAGGUCUGCAGAGGAUCCUCACCGGAGACCUUAGAGAUCCACUGCCCAGUAACCCAGAUGAGAUGGCCUGCUAACCUUGUAUAUAUUUUGAGCAGCCACAGUUCUUUUACCCUGUGCCAGGAAAUCUCUUUGCUGGACUUGAAGUCAUCAGAUAUCGAAUCUCUGUGUGUAAACUUGCUUUUUUUGGAAAUCUCCCAUUUUGAAUUGACACUUUGGUCUCAGCAGGUUUGUCUGCUUACCUGCAACACCUGAACCCAUCCUUCCUCGAAGUAGCAUCAUACAAGGGGCUGUCUCCUUUUACUGUCACAACAGUCCCUUGAAGUAUUUCAGAGACGCUGCUCUCAGCUGUGAAUCACAGAAUCUUAGAGUUAGAAGGGACCCAAGGGCCAUCUAGUCCACCCCCUGCAAUGCAGGAAUCUCAGCUAAAGCAUCCAUUACAGAUGGCCCUCCAACCUCUGCUUAAAAACCUCUAAGGAAGGAGUCCAUGACCUCCCAAGGGAGACCGUCCCACUGUCAAACAGCUCUUGCUGUCAGAAAGUUCUUCCUGACAUUUAGUUGGAAUCUCCUUUCUUGCAACUUGAAGCCAUUGGUUCGAUUCCUACCCUCCAGCACAGGAGGAAACAAGUUUGUUCCCUCUUCCAUGUGAGAGCUCUUAAGAUAUUUGAAGAUGGCUAUCAUAUCUCCUCUUUUCCAGGCUGAACAUACCCAGCUCCUUCAACCAUUCCUCAUAAGGCUUGGUUUCCAGACCCUUGAUCAUCUUGGUUGCCCUCCUCUGCACACGUUCCAGCUUGUCAGCAUCCUUCUUAAAUUGCGGUGCCCAGAACUGGAUACAGUAUUCCAGGUGUGGUCUGACCAAGGCAGAAUAGUGGUACUAUUACUUCCCUUGAUCUGGACCCUAGACUUCUGUUGACUUGCCCAAUGAGCUGAAUGCCUAAGCAAGGAUUUGAAUGAAGUCCUCACUGGUACAUCCGUUCUGCCCCCAUGCACCACUACCCCCCAGAGUGGAUUCACAUCAAAGCAAGCAGUUCAGAUUUGUUUGUUUAUUUAAAAAAGCCCAAACCAGCCUAAUUAUGGUAUUGAGAUGAGAUAGCCUCGCUUUAGGAGGGAUAGGUGUGCUGAGGGAUGGGGGUCGGGGAAGUUGUCACUUAGAAUCAUAGAAUUGUAGAGUUGGAAGGAACAACGGCGGUGAACUAGUCCAACCCCGCUGCAAUGCAGGAAUUGGAGCAACAACCAGUGAUGUGACAGGCACUCUAAUGAGUAAGUUUACCUGUUCCCUGGUUUGACCACAUAAUUGCACCACCGGUUGUUAGAUUAACUAACAUUAACUAAGAUUUAGAGGUAAUACAUCGCUGUAUGGAAAGGAGCCAUUUUGCUUACAGCUAUAGCAGAGAGCUUGACGUCUGGAUGAUUAACUUCACCCUUGCACAAGGUCUUACCAGAGAUAAUGAUAAUGAUAAUGUUCAGUGGUUAGGUGGUUCCUGUUGGGUUGAAAAUAAACGACAGAUGAGUGGUAGGUGUUAUACGGGAGGCGUCUCCCCAACAUGUGUCGGGGAGUCCCUUUUAUUGAAUAUUACAGCAUUGCCACAUCUGUGCUUGUUGCUGAUUGGUUAACAUAAGUACAAAGCAAGGGUUGCAUAUAAGACAUUAAUCAUCAAUAGGUUAAAGGUUGGGAAAAGGAACGCAGAGUUUAGACAGGCAUGAUCUCCUUCUUAUAUGAUUGAUAUGGUGCUACUAAUGGACUGCACGUUCCAGGGUGGUACGAAAGGAAUGUACACAGAGGGAUAAGUACAGAUUGAUAUGGUGUGAACUCAAGGUGAACAGAACGUACCAGGGUGGUACGAAAAGAAUGUAAAGAUAACUACCCAUCAGGUUCCCAUGUCUGGAAGACAGACCAGUUAUCUCUUCUGGAUGGGGUUGCAUUGCAUCUUAAGGAGCAGGUUUGUAGCCUCAGGGUACUCCUGGAUACAAGGAUGUGGUUGGCUCUGUGAUCUAAACCACUGAGCCUCUUGGGCUUGCCGAUCAGAAGGUCGGCGGUUCGAAUCCCCGCGACGGGGUGAGCUCCCUUUGCUCUGUCCCAGCUCCUGUCAACCUAGCAGUUUGGAAGCACGCCAGUGGGUUUGAGCCCCGCAUUUGGCAAAAGAUUCCUGUAUUGUAAGGGGUUGGGCUAGAUGACCCUCAUGGUCCCUGAUUCUCUGAUUCCAUGAAACCAAUAUCCCCCCUCCCAUGGGCUCCAUCUAUUCAUGAAUAUCUACCUUCCACACAUCAUAUUCGUGAACAUGCAAACACCAUUCUGCCUCAACCACAUUUGAAAAUGUACUCACACAAACAUUUACCAGCCGACAUCCAAAAACAUGACAUCCAUUCACGUUUGUGCCCUGGCUGCAAUCCACAAAUAUACACUGGCUUCUGUUGACUGUCUUCCAUCAGCCGACAUCCACAAACAUCAGUCUGCUUUAGCCUUGUAGCCUCCACCAACUUCUGAAUCCAAAAGCCACUGGCUUUCAUCCACCAACAUCUGCCAGCUUCUGUUAGGUCCAUCAUGAGACGUCCACCAGCUUCCAACCACAGAUACCAGCAGCCUUCAAGCAAGCAAACUUGCCUUAUUUUCACUCCCUAGCAUCCCACUGCCAGAGGAUUGCCUUCUUCCAUUCUCCAGUUUGCCUCCUGCAAGCGGAAGAAACCUGGGCAGUGCUGAAUGUCACAUCCAUUGCCAGGUGUGUCCUGCUGGAAAUAGAAAAGGGCUUUCCCCUUGGCCUGCCUUUAUAUCCACUCAGUUGCCAAGUGCCUUUGUGACAUCACAAUAAACCCACAGUCAGUGUCCUGUACCACCAGCAGCUAGACUCCUGACGGGGUCAGAUGGCCAACGGCAUGUGAUACCUCUGCUAAAACAUUGGCAGUGGCUGCCCAAAUGCCACACAAGGCUCUUGUGUUGAUAUACAAAGCCCAAAACGACUUGGGUCCAUGAUACCUUAAGGAGCCAUUAUAUCCCAGCUUAAUCACUGAUAUCAUCUGACAAAGGCAUGUUAGUUGUCCCUCAUACAGUCUUCAAUGGCACCUGGCAUCUCCACCAUCUGGGGAUAAUUGGAUCUGGACUGUUUUUCUUUUCUUUUCUUUUAUAAAUAUUUUUAUUAUUUGUUUCCUUAAACAAUAUUUUCAACAAUGCAAUAACAAACAUAAAGCUUUCUGUUCUGCCCAGCAUGCGACUUCCCUCCUUCCCUUCAGCAGGUUUUCUGCUUUCAAGUCCUGUCUCGCGUUUUAGUUCUUUCACUUCUCUUAUCCACAUUGUAGGAUUUAUUUCAAUCCUGCUAUUGUCUUCAGAUUUUGCAAUUAUGAUUCAAAUAUACAAUAAAUUUACUCCAGUCCCUUUGAAAUUUUUGAUCAUCCUGGUCCCGAAUCCUGCAGGUCAGUCUGGCCAAUUCUGCAAAGUCCAUCAUUUUCGCCUGCCACUCUGCAAUCAUAGGUACUUCCUGUAACUUCCACUUUUGGCCAUUAAAAUUCUUGCUGCUGCUGCGCGUACAUAAAUAGUCUUUGAUCUAUCUUCACAAUUUCCUCUCCUAUCAAACCUAGCAAAAUUGCUUCCAGGUUUUUUUUGUGGUUUUUUUGAGAAAGGUAUAUCUAAACAUCUUUUUUUAGUUCAUUACAGAUCAAUUCCCAAAAUGUUUUUACUUUAUCACACGUCCACCACAUAUGAUAAAAGUCUCCAUCUGAUUCUUUGCAUUUCCAGCAUGUUUUGACUCUCAUUCUAUACAUCUGGGGAUAAUUGGAUCUGGACUGUUUUCAAUCACUAAUAUUCUGUAAAAUUCUAUCAGCUAUAUUUUAUCUAUACGAUUAGAACAGAUUUGAGGAACCAAAAACGCUUUUCUUUGCAGCCUGAGCAGGAGCAGUCACCAUUAAGAAAAAGAGGCUGGAAUAGAAUAUAUGUGUGGACUGUCCAUUUCUUCUUUUCUUUUCUUCUUCUUUAACUUUUCUGCUUUUCUACUAUAACUUCUCACAGCUCUUAACCUAGCUCAAGGUCGUCAUCUGAACUAGCCAGAUGUUCAACUGAGAAUCAACCACAGAAUCAUUCAUUUGAAAAAUCAGACUUUAGAGCUGUCUUCCCCCAAAAUGGCAUCUUGACAUUCCAUUUUGGUGACUGCAACCUUGGUUUAAGGAGCCAUUUGGUGCCUAGUUUACAUAUCUGGGUUUCCAACACUGCCCUCAUGUUACAUGUUACGGAGGCCUGACUGGUCCCAACUACAAAUUGGGUGUAAUCCUAGGCUGUGAAACAAUCUUCCAGCAGAGAUUCAGCAGGCAGAGGUGUAUAAGUACUUUUAUAAACGAAUAAAUUAAAUAAAGAAUUCCUGAACUUGCUUCAUCCCCCAGUUUGUCUGUAUAAUCCAGAGGCCAUCCGGAGAUUUAAGCAAAUCCACAGCAUCGGGAUAAGCGCUGUAGUAUUCAUUCUCUUUCUCUCUCUCUCUCUCUCUCUCUUUCUCUUCUUUGGUCUGACUCUUUGUCUUGAGAUAAAUGAGCAUGUAAACAGCAUGCAACAUUAUCUCUGAUGGAUGCAGCCCAUUGUUUUGCACCACCCAAUCACUUUGAAUGUGCCAAAGUCUCAAUGAGAUGACUUUACUGACUGACCUUGCAUGACACAGCGCAUGUUUACCCAGAGGAGGAGUCUGGCUGUUUUCAAAACAAUAAUGCGUAAAUCAUUUCUCGCACUCCAUACUCCUGUAAUUGGGUUGGAAGACUGCAUGGGUGGAAUCUAAAUUAUUCUGAGCUUGAAAACCCAACACCCAAAAAGCCCCUAAUUCAAGGAAAAAAAUUAUGCUCUUACAAGCUCACUCAUACAAGCUCGAUCAUUCUCCCAAAAACAUGGAAAUUUUUAGUUAAGGCUUCAGUCAUUUUGGUUUCAGUGCUAUGCACCUGGUAACAAGCUCUGCCAAAUGUAGUGGAAGUGAGUUCUGUAUAAGUAUUCAUGGGAGUGUGUUAUUAAUGUAACAUCUCGUUCUGGUUUGAAGAGUGCUUGAAAUUUUUCAGAAUAUUGUCUGUGUGUGUUAUAGAAAGCGCUUCUGUUAUUUGAAUUAGCACUUUAAACCAGGUGACUUUUUAAAGAGACUUACAAUAAAUUGUGUGCUUGUUGUUUUUUAAAUAACAACCCUAUUACAAUUCUUUUAACCAACUUUAAGUAAAAAUAGAUAUUCAAUCACGCUUAAUCCACUCUAUUUUCUCAUGCAUUUUACACCAGUGUGUUCCUCUUUUCCUGCCCCCUCUUUUUCUUUGCAGUGAGCUGAAGAAGAGAUACAACAUCACAGCCAUUCCUAAACUUGUGAUUGUUAAACAAACUGGAGAAGUCAUCACCGAUAAAGGAAGGAAACAGAUAAGGGAGCGGGGACUCAACUGCUUCCGAAACUGGCUGGAAGGGGCAGACAUCUUUCAGAAUUUCUGCAGCUGAACCAGUGGUGGGAAUUUCAGACAAAGAUAGCUUAGCUAAAUCCUUUGUGUAAUCGGAAUUCCCACCUUCACAACUAAGCCAAGCAGAGAAAUGGCUUUUUCUUCGGAUGGUAUCUAACCAAGUCAUACCCAGGGCAGACCCAUUGAAAUGAAUGGACGCAACUAACUGUGCUCCAUUGCUUUCAAUGGUUCUACUCUGAGUACAACUUAGUUGGAUACCCAACUUUAUUUAAAAUUCUGUGUGACUGGAAGAAUUAAGCAUAGCUGGGUCCAAUGUACUCUUCCAUCUGUUUUGUAUUAUUUAUGCUUUUAUUACAUAGAAUAUAACCAAAGCUGAAGAAUUUGGUAAAGGCUAGCAUUAUCUAGGAAAGAGGAUUUUGGCACUUAGAAAGAGUGCCCUCCUCAAUCUAUGCAAGCCUGUUAUUUUUACAAAGGUAAAAGCUCUACAGGGAAAACUAUAUUUCUUGGCAAGAAGACUUUUUUGGAGUAUUGGUUUAAAAUUUAUAUUACUAAAAUAAGAGAGUAUUUGCUUUAAUAAAUCCAUUUAUAGCU